UACAUGUGGAUUUGCAAUCACUUGCGGAUAAAGCUCUUUUCUGAGGAUCCCUUUCUUUUCAGCGUCUUCUUUUUCUUCUCUCUCUGACAGAACAAGAGAGACUUUUCUGCUUUGUUCAUUCGUUGUGGGUUUUGAAGCCGAGGAAAACUUAAUGGCUGAGGUUUUGACCAAGGCGAGUUUCGUUUCUUCUUUGCUCGGUAGUAGUCAUCGCCACCAUCGAAGGGGGACGGUUCUCGAUUCUCGUAGCUUCGUUUCUGGCGUCGGAGGGUACCCUUCUCUCAAGUUAAAGUCUCAGAUUCGCAGAUCUUGGUCCUCUUCUGAGUUACAGGGUAAAAAGCUACACUUUCAUGUAAAUAGAGGAAUACCCAACAGGGUCAGUUCGCGGUUGAGAGCUUCAACUGGUGCUCAGAUGAACUUUAGAAUAGGGAAUGUUCAGAAAUGGUGGGAAAAGGGGCUUCAACCCAACAUGAAAGAGGUGAUUUCCGCCCAAGACCUUGUAGAAUCACUGUUAAACGCAGGGGACAAGUUGGUGGUGGUUGAUUUCUUCUCUCCUGGUUGUGGUGGCUGCAAAGCCCUUCAUCCUAAGAUAUGUCAACUGGCAGAGAUGAAUCCUGAUGUUCAAUUCCUUCAGGUGAAUUAUGAGGAGCAUAAGUCCAUGUGUUAUAGCCUCAAUGUCCAUGUUCUUCCUUUCUUCCGCUUCUAUAGAGGUGCUCAUGGUCGAUUGUGUAGCUUUAGCUGCACCAAUGCCACGAUCAAGAAGUUCAAAGAUGCAUUGGCCAAGCACUCCCCAGAUAGAUGCAGCUUGGGCCCAACCAAAGGGUUAGAGGAGAAAGAGCUCCUUGCUCUUGCUGCCAACAAAGAUCUUUCGUUCACCUAUUCACCAAAUACCUUACAACCUGAACAUGCAGAUGAAGAGUUGGUUUCUGCUUCCACUCCUGUUCCUAGUUCAGAAUCUCUUCAUUCAUUGACUCUCAUUUCUGAGGUCUCCGAAGAGAAAACCUUGACCACUGCUGGGAGAUGAUGUGGUCAGUUUGUAACCAAAAUCCAUCAUCUGGUUCCAUACCUUGUACAGUGUAUAGGUUUGUUUUAGUGCAAUAUAUCUUCAUGCAGUAUACUUGUGAGAAUGAAGAUAUCAUUGCAGAUAAAGUCAAAUAGUGUGAUAUAUAGGUAUAAUGUAUUCCUCCAUGGCAUGUCUUUUUGGAUCCAUGCCUUGCUAGGAUUAGGGAAGAUAAAAGUUGGGGAAUUAGAAGUUACCCUUUUUUGUGUGUGAGAAGAAAUCAUGUCCUAUUGUUGUAAAAUGAAUGUCAUUUUAUUCAUCAAUGGAUAGUUUGUUUCUUUCUCUGAGCAA